AUGAUCGGCCAGGGGCCUAUCACCCCUCCUAUGUCUCCUGGCAACAGCGAAGAUAAACGAGAACCCAAACCCACAAAUUAUCUUCCAGAACAAGUUCAACACCCUGCCUUUACCGUCAACACUUCUACUCCAAUGUGGCAGGAGCCACAGGUUCCCGUGGUAGCUCCAACACCUAAAUCACCCGCAAGACCUCCUGCAAGGUUGUUGGAGGAUGAAGCAGUUCAUGUAGAGAGACGGGGUGUGCUCAGGCUGCUCGAUUUUGAGGUGAAAGGCGCCCUCGGUACCGGCACUUUUGGGAGAGUGCUCUUAGUCCGCCUCAAGACAGCGAAUACAGGAUCUCAAAAUAUUUUCGCAAUGAAAGUCUUGCGCAAAACCGAAAUCGUACGCCUCCGCCAGAUUGAACACGUCAACGCAGAGCGCUAUAUUCUCUCACGCGUGCGCCAUCCAUUCGUAGUGGACCUUUUUGCAACCUUUCAAGACAGUCUCAACAUUUACAUGUUGAUGUCUUAUGUUCCUGGUGGUGAACUAUUCACCCAUCUCCGACGGGCGGGCCGUUUCACUCCUGACGUUACUCGAUUCUAUCUCGCUAACAUUAUCCUCGCCCUCCAGUAUUUACACUCCUUUAACAUCAUAUAUCGUGAUCUCAAGCCCGAAAAUCUACUCCUCGACUCUCGAGGCUAUCUCCGACUCACUGAUUUUGGUUUUGCGAAAAUCGUCGACGACCGUACCUGGACUCUUUGUGGCACCCCUGAGUACCUUGCCCCAGAAAUAAUUCAGUCAGACGGUCAUGGAAAAGCCGCGGAUUGGUGGGCAUGCGGUAUUUUGUGUUACGAGAUGCUAGUCGGCUACCCACCAUUCUUUGAUGAGACCGCCUACGGUAUCUACGAGAAAAUCCUACGAGGCAGUAUUAAUUGGCCACGCACCAUGGAUCGGCUAUCUAAAGAACUGAUCAAAGCGUUCUUACAUCCUGACCGAAGUAAACGCCUUGGUAAUAUGAUAGGUGGACCACAAGACAUUCUCCACCAUCCUUGGUUCCGAGGCGUUGAUUGGGAAGCUUUGGAACGAUGUGAAAUCAAGGCACCGAUCAUCCCCCACACGACGUCACUGGAUGAUACUCGUCAUUUCUUGAACCUUCCCCACCCAACCCUCGAAGACAUGCCCGGACUUGUCAUGGAAGAAGCUCCUCCUCCUCUCCAUCGGCGCUUUGACCCUAUAACCUAUCAUUUCCUUGAAUUCUAA